AAGUUUCACAUGCGAAAAUAGGAUGAAAAAUGUUUCAAAUGCAGCAGAAGUAUUUCGAUAAUGUGUAACCGAGGAUACGGGAAUGCAUGUCGCGUUGCUCGGAGCAACGCUUCGUUCGAGACGAUUUUUCGGCUCUAGCUGCAAGUUGCAAGCUUGGCCUUGCGGGCCACUGCAAGCACUUGCACAUGCGACUCCUGCCUAUACCUUGGCAAAUCUAUGGCCGACUCGACUGCACACACGCGUGCCUCUGUUGCGGCUGCUGCUGCCGUUUCUCCUCUUACCGACUUCAUUACGCGUGUGUGUUUGCAUCAGCCAUUAGUACAUCAGCACAGUUCGCCAAAUGAUUCGCUCGGUUUUCUUCGAGCUUUGCAGCGACGAAAACACCGUCAUCCCGCACGCAUAGUGAACUUUUUGAUUUGAAUAGGCCAGUUGUGCGGCUACCAGACCGAAGCUGCAAUGCGAAUUCGUAAACAGUAAUCGAUGCAAGACAAUUGGUGCAUACACGAUGCACGCGAUCAUGACAUUUUCUCUGGGGCAAUAUUUCUGAAGGGUUAUACAAAAGAGUCAUAUUAUAUAUGUUUAUCAACAACUAAUGGAAUUUCCGGAAUUUGCGCCAAAAAAUCAUACACUUUCCAGUGUCAAAAGUUUGAAGGAGGAGUGGGUUAAAUCAAAUAUGGCACCAGAUAGACCCGAUGCUCAAGACGUAGACAGCGGAGGUGCUGAAGCAUCUGUUGCUAUGCCCGUUGCCCCGUCUGAGGAGCAGAUGAGCUCUAAAACGAUCAGCAAUGUUUAUAAUUUUUGUAAGUCAAGGGAAGGCGAUCAGAAUCAGUCAACUUGUUUGAUGGAGGAGAGUAGUACGACGGAGGAAGAAGUCGUAACAAUGAGGCCCGAGAGCUUGCAACCAAACAGUGGCAACGAAGAGAGAACCGCCAGCGAUGACGAUCUCACCUCGCUCAGCUGGUUGCAUCAGCAAAAUAUACUCAAAAGCCUGGAUAUUUCUGAGAGGCAGCAGAAGGAAAAAUACGAGGGCUUGCAAGAGGAGCAGGUUAUAACUAUCGAAAGAAGUACAAAGACCAACGAUGUGGAGAGCAACAUGUUCUGCGAGGACAGUCUGGAUGUUUCGGAGACCACAAAUUCCGUAUCGAGCUCUGAUGAUUGUUACGCUAAUUUUAACGUUAACCAGUUGCCUGUUGAUGGUUACUUUGACGUCGUGAGCAGUGACGUCAACGUUAAUAACAACAAAAGGACUUCAUCGCCAUCUGCCUUGAAGAUUGACAUUUUUCAAGAUGACAUUCAGAGCAAAAAUUUCAAAAAUGUGUCGAUGCAGAAUAAUGUCCUAUACAAGGCCCGUUAUAACAAUAACAACAUUAACAGUAACAUAGUCGUUAACAACAACAACAACAACAAUAAUCACAGCAUUAACAAUAAUAAUAAUAAUAAUAAUAAUAAUACAAAUUUUAAUCUACCUCAACCAACUCGUAACAAACAUCCAAAUCAUAUACCCUAUGAUCCAUACCUGCACAAGAAUAGUAAACCGCCAUAUUCAUUUUCUUGCCUCAUCUUCAUGGCAAUUGAAGAUAGUCCGCUCAAAGCACUCCCCGUUAAGGAAGUUUAUGCGUGGAUACUUGAACACUUUCCGUAUUUCCGACAAGCGCCUACGGGCUGGAAAAACUCCGUGAGGCACAAUCUCAGUCUCAACAAGUGCUUCCGCAAAGUUGAAAAAUCACCAAAUCUUGGCAAAGGGUCGUUAUGGAUGGUCGAUGCACAGUUCCGACCGAAUCUCCUUCAAGCCAUGCAGCGUGCCCCCUUACCACCUCCUAACAUCUCCAAUGGCUCUACACCAGUUACAAUUUCAUUACCUGAAAAAAUUAUUCGUAAGUCAACAGCCGCAACAACAACAACUACCUCGACUACUACCAACAUUAUUACGAACAAUAAUACUAGGCUUCCUGAUCCCGUACUUUUUCCUUACUUAUCCAAAAGACUAGCCUCCACGACCGUUGAAGAAAACUCAAAAAUAGAAGUUGAUAGCGAAAUCGACGAAGCUGCUGCGGCAAUGUUGUCUUUUAAACACGGUCCGGUUGUUCUCAACAACAAUAAAGAAAAAAAGAAAAAACCGGAAAGUAAAAUGGUACCGGUUAUAACUAGAAGUUCAACUGAAGACCACACUUACAGUUUGAUUACCUCUGUAAGACUUGAAAACAUGCGUAAAGAGGAGGUUCUCCCACUUCCUUCAAUGGCUCCUGUAUCUCCGAUGGUGUCAGCGACUCCUAUAUGUCAGGAAGAUUUGGAUGAGCAACGAAAAAUAGCUGAAGGUGCUGACGCCCUUCUUAAUCUCGCAGGUGUUUGCACAUCCGCUCUCCAAGGUGAAUUUAAAUCCGAAAUGAUUGAUGAAAGGAUAGCAAAUAAUUAUAGCCAGAACAACAUGAAAUCAUACAGAGGUUUUAACGAAAACAUUGAAAAACAACAAUUUGUUCGUCGACCUGCUUUCGAAGGAAGUCGCAAAAGACCUUGGAAUGAAGUAUAUUAUGAAAAUACCAGGUAUUCGAAGCAUGUUAGAGGGUAGUAAAGUGUUGUUAUCAAAUGUAUACCAAAGUCUGAAGUGUCUAAUGAGUGAUUCAUUUCGUUUAGUAUAGUCAAAAUACCAUAAAAUUUUAGGGGUAAUUAUGAUUUAUUGAACUACUGAAAAAUGAUUUAUCAUUUUCUCGCCACAUAUCAAUUUUUAAAAUUUGUCUGUCA